AUGUUGCUCUCUAAUCUUGGCGUCAUUGUUUGUACGUUGCUAGUCGUGGUACUCUGGCUUUAUCGUCAUCUUCUCCCUAAGCCUAUUCCCGGAAUACCAUAUAAUGAGAGAAGUGUAAAACGGAUGCUCGGAGAUCUUCCCGAUGCUUUCAAAUGGCGACAAGAGACAGGCGAGAUGUGGAGCUAUAUCCGAAAUCAAGCUCUGGAGCUGAAUUCGCCUAUAUUUCAGAUGUUCAUGAGAAGCCCGAUCGGAAAGCCCGAAUUCGAUCGCUCGGCCUUUUUGAGUGAUAUCUUUGGUCCUCUGUUACCAGGAAAUCACGUUUGGAUGCCUAGCAAUGAUGAAUUUCGAUCACAUCGCAACCUAAUUAAAGACACAAUGUCUCCACCAUUCCUUCGAAAUGUAGUUGCUCCUGCUAUCCAUUCAGCGAUUGAAGACCUGCUCGAGCUUUGGCAGCAGAAAUUACGCUUAGCCCAGGGGAGGCCAUUUCAAGCGGACCAUGACCUCAUCAGGGGUGUUGUUGAUGUUAUUAUGUUAGCCACUUUGGGUGUCCAGACCGGCCUCAGCAAGUCACAGUCAGAACUACUUUCGGAAACAGAGAAGCUCGAUCUAUCUACAGAUAUCAACGUACCUCCAGUAUUUCCAGCUGCUACCGAGUCUCGUGCUUAUACGGCCAUCAGAACUCUAGUCGACAGUAUCCAAAUUGGAAUGACUUCGCCAGCACCAAGGAUGCACAUGAAUUUCGCACUGAAAUUCUACCCAUCCUUGGCUGCCGCCAGAAAAUAUACAGAUCAGAUGAUGACAGGGGUGCUGCACACUGCAUGGCAAAAAGCUUCUCGGAGUGGCCAAGAUGAUCAAGUUACUUCCGCCGUGGACCUGCUAAUACGACUGAUCCGAGACGAGCUCUUUGGAUUCUACCUCGCCGGUCACGAGACAACUUCAACAACUCUUUGCUGGGCUGUGAAGCACCUUAUUGUGUACCAGGAGGUGCAGGAAAAGCUAUUCUCAGCUUUGAAGUCGGUGCACAAGCGAGCGGUGGAAGAGGACCGUCUUCCUACAGCGCAUGAGAUUGUCGACGCUGAAGUCCCGUAUCUGGAUGCUUUCAUUGAGGAAAAUCAUCGAUUGGGUACCGCUAUACCAACUGUCAUCAGACGAGCUACAAGAGACGCUGUGGUGCUUGGCCAUGUGAUACCCAAAGGAACUGAUGUUUUCAUGAUAAUGAAUGGGCCAAGCUUCCAAAGUCCAGCUCUUGGAAUAGCGGAAGACAAGCGCAGCGCUACCAGCAGGGACUCCAAGGACCGGUAUGGUGUCUGGAAUGAUGAAAAUGUUGGAAAGUUCCUGCCAGAACGCUUUCUCGCCGAAGACGAGAAGGGGAUAACCAAAUUCAAUCCUUUUGCAGGGCCAGUGCUUCCGUACGGAGUAGGACUUCGUAGUUGCUUUGGGAUUAAACUCGGCAUUUUGGAAUUGAGGGUAAUCAUCACGAUGAUCGUUUGGACUUUUGUAUUGCAAAAGACGCCACCCGCUUUAUCGUCAUUGAAAGGGGUUGACGUAAACACUCACAGAGCGCAACAAACAUACAUUCGGCUGAAGAAUAGAUAA